ACCAAUUUGGUUCCAAUUACGGCGUAAAAAUAGGUUAAAAUUUUAUUGCGAAUUGAAUUUUAAAUUUUAUUAAAAAUGAUUCUCAAAGUGCUGAUAUUCUGUGCUACGUUCGUAGUUGGAUCAUUCGCCUCCUGCGGAUGUGCUCCAAAGAGUCCACCGCUAAGAGAUUUGUACGAAAUUGUUCAAGACUUCCCCACAGUCAACUUCUGCAAUCGUACAUUCAAUUCCAAUUGGUGGGUAGGUCCCGGAAAUGUGAGAAAGGUGACAUUUAACGGUCCAAUAAAUGAGCACGAAACAGCUCGGGAAUUGUGCAAGUGUUUCUAUGAUUUAAUAAAUCAAAAAACCUGGCUCAACGGUGCCGAAAAAAAAUGCUACCAUUAUCAGUGUAACAACACGGUUACGUUAGAAUUCAGCGGACAACCGGAUCCAACAUACAAUCCAUAUUCUAAGCUCACAUUAGAUCGACCAUUAAAAAAAUUGAAGGUAAUUGCCGAGCAAUUCAAGGACAAAACCCAAAUGUUUGGAGUGAACUGCCGAAGCCACUGGUUAACAGAUAAAUGUAAUUGUACGCAUGUCAUGAUUCAGUGUCCGAUAGACUGUGGAACUGAUGCAACGAAAUUUUGCCACAGAAUAAUUGAUUAUUUCAAUCAAAAAACGGACAACGGUAAAGGUUGGUUGCAAAAUUCCAUCACGCAUUGCAAUACCCGUGGCAAGGUUUUAGAAGUUGAGUUUAUCGGUAAAACUGAAGAGGGAGUAGUUUCCACAGCACCUAGGUAUUACCGAUAUGAGAAAAGUGUCACCUCAAGCCUCGUAGUUCGUGAGCAUUAGUUGACGAAACUACA